AUGAGAAACUAUGCAGUGAAAUAUAUAGUGGCUAUUUUUGUUUCCAUAAAGUAUGUUCUUAGUGUAGGCAUGGACAAUAUUAUGGUGUUUACUGGAGACAUCGUGCCUAUAGAAAGACUACCACAUGUAAUAUCGGAAAUAGGCUGUGGUAAAAUUACCACUCCUUCGGAAAUUCCUUAUACCGACAGGGGGUUCAAAAAUAAAAUGAUAGCGAUUGUAAUUCAUCACUAUCUCAAUAUCAAAACCCUACUAUAA